UGAACGGUUCGAGUUUGGAACACUUCAUUCCGCCCCGUCCCCAAUCUCUCCAUCUCCGGCUCUCCACCUUCCACAAAUCCCCAAAUCGCCACAUCAAAUCGAAUCCACCCACCACGGACCACGCAUUCGCCAUGGAGUUUCCCAAGCGAGGGCGAGCUUUUCUCCAAGGUUCCCUGCGAAGGAGCCCCAAGGCGACGAUACCUGGAGCCGCCACGGGGGCCGACGAGAACGCAAGCUCUAAGCAUCUCGUGCCGGUGGGGGCCGCGUCGCCGAAGAGGAAGAAGGUGCUCGGGGAGAGGAACGACAGCGGCGUCGGGGGCAUGGAGGGCGCCGCGUCGGCACCAGUGCAGCAGCCAAAGCUCGCGUUGAGCCCCCCGACGCCCGCGAGCCGCGACGCGGGGCCGUACGACCCGAAGACGAACUACACCACGCCGCGGCCGGCGUUCCUGCGCUACGACCCCGAACGGCGCCGCGAGAUCCUCCUCCGGGUGUCGCGUGCGGCAGAGGUGAUGUACGACGACUGCUCCAGCACCACAUCCGGCACUGCGGCCUCGGAGGAGGACGGUGGCUCGUCCUUGGCCUCGGACGCGGCGGCAGACUCCCUUAUCUCGUCGCCGCCGCUACGGGGGGGGGGGGGGGGCGUGCGCGGGUUUCGCGGCGUGGGCUGGUGA